AUGCCAUCGUCCCGCGACGGCGAUGUCCACAUCGUACACUCCUCACAAGUCCGCAUAACGGACAAAGGCGCCGCCCAUAUCAGUUCGCCCGUUUCACGGUGGGAACUGAGCGUCGUCAGCCGGGUACGGGAGGGUCUACGUGCAAGGACCACCGGAGGAGAUGAUGGAGAUUGGGAAGUUGUUGAUCAGUUGAACCUUAUGGUGAAGAAUCUCGUCCCCGGAUCAGCCACAAUUGCAUUCGAAGGCGCCAGCAGUAUUGACUCGCAGCCAGACGCAGAAUUUGGGUACGACGAGUACGAAGCAACAGUAACACCUAACAACUUGUCUGUCUGGACAUUCUCUUCUCAACAAGCAAUGGGUUCAAUCCAGACUAACGAAGCUGGCCACACAGCUGAGUCGACACGAAAGGUGAUUGUGGCAGGAGCUCAACUGGGACCUAUCAACGUUGAUACUCCUCGAUCUGAAGGUAUCCAGCGAAUGCUAAAGUUGAUGGACGACGCACACAAAGCCAAUGCCAAACUCAUUGUGUAUCCAGAGAUCGCACCGGUUACAUUCUUCCCUCGACACAUUCUUGAAGGAGAAGAACUGGAAAAGUACUUCGAGCAAGAAGUCGACGGCGACAUCACCAAGUCGCCCAACUUGAAGCCUCUGUUUGACAAGGCUCGCGAGUACAAGAUGGACGUUUGUAUCGGGUAUGCCGAAUGCACAGGAGCCGAUCACACCCAUUACAAUACGUGCAUAUACUACUCUGGACAAGUGGACAAGGUGGUUUCCAAGUACCGCAAAGUGCACCUACCGGGGACAUUUGAACCGUACGAGCGCAAAGACGCCACGAACCAGCUUGAGAAGAGAUAUUUCAAGCCUGGCGAUCUGGGAUUCGAGGCAUUCCGUGCACCUGAACUCGUCCCUGACGCGUUGACCAAGACAUUGGGUGCGAAACCCAACGAGCCAGACACUCUCGGCAAGGGAGAUCCCAUCGUGGGCAUGAUCAUCUGCAACGACCGACGCUGGCCAGAAGCCUGGAGAACAUACGGCCUCCAGGGUGUCGAAUUGAUGCUUUGCGGGUACAACACGACGGCCUGGGCCCCGGAAUUGCUAGGGACGAACAAGAAGAUCUCGACCAAGGAAAAAGCAAAGACUGAGGCACUUUUCCACAAUCAACUCAGUCUGACCUACAACAGCUACGCGAACAGCUGCUUUAGCAUCAACGUGGCCAAGUGUGGAUUGGAAGACGGCAAGUAUCCAUUGAUAGGGGGCAGUUGUAUCGUGGACUGUGACGGAGAGGUCGUCGUCGAAGCGUCGACCGAGGAUGACGAAUUGAUUGUCGCGGAAAUCGACUUGGGCAUGUGCCGACGAGGCAAGGAAAAGGUGUUUGCAUUUGAGAAGCACAGGCGUAUCGAACACUAUGGUCUGAUCGCUGAACAGACGGGUGUGCGGGAACCUGAAUUCCUGUAG